AAUCUGGAAGAAGCAACUGGUGGAUAUAAGCGAGAUAACAUUAGAAAUGAAGGGAGUCAAACACAUAUGUAUACCAGCUCUAAAUGUCUUACUUCUUUGGAUUGGUUCAUUUGCGGAUGAGUUGAGGAUUUACAAAUACUUGGACGAAAAGGUUUUAUAUCCAAACAUUGAGAAUGGUUUGUCAAUCCCAUGUGCGGGCAGAGAUGUGCCACUUCUUUUCCCCCCACCCGCGUUCUCUCCACCGUCUCCCCCAUCAAUGACGUCAGAGGAUGUAUUGACAACGGUAAUAUUUGAUCAGAACGGAUUUGGAAUCCACGAAACGAAAACGGCAGAAACAGAUUCAAAAUCUACCAAACAGCCAAAUUUUGGACCGAUGCCAGGUAUAAAGACACUAACUGAAAAUGACUCAUCUCAGUCUAUGAAACUAAACACAUCUGCUACCAGUUCGACGUGUGGAAGAGGAGCCAUAGGACCAACGGGGCAGCGAGGAGAGCCAGGACCUCCUGGACCGCAAGGUUUGCCGGGUGUACCUGGUCCUGUAGGCCCCAUUGGAACAAGUGGUUUUCCCGGCCCACCUGGUUCCCCAGGACCUCCCGGCAAAGCCGGGGAACCAGGCCCACCCGGGCAAAGAGGGCCACGGGGAAAGCGGGGACGCUCUGGGGGAUACGGAAGUACAUCAGAAAAAAGAGGCGUCACUGGUGCCAAAGACAACGGAUCAUCCGGGGUUCUGAUCUUUCCUACUGCCGAGAUGAUGUAUGGCAUUGCGGUGGAGGGCUUGAUUGCUUAUAGGACAGAUACGAAGAGGCUUUACUACAGAGAUCACAUCACGUGGAGGGCAAUACGGAUGUCAACGUGUGGUGACCGAGUGAUCGAUUGGGAUACUGGAGAGGAAUGUGAUGAUGGCAAUUAUAUCAAUGAAGAUGAUUGUGUGGGGUGUAGGAGGCCGUUUUGUGGAGACGGUUAUUUGCACGCAAGGAAGGAGGAGUGCGAUGGUACAGAAUUCGGAGGAAAAACAUGUUCCAGCAUGAAAAAAGGGUGGACUGGGGGACUCUUAUGUAGCCACAACUGCAGGAUAAUAACAAGCAGGUGUAGAAAACGUACCUAACUAAAGUAAUAAGUAUGAAACGUUCCUUAAUACAACUACACGAUAAUAACUAGCAGAUGUAGGACAUGUAUCUGACUACAGCUU